AGCUGUCAAAUUGUUUGCCGCUCUACGCGCAGAACAUCAACAAGCUUUGCAAAGUGAACAUUUCAGCGUGAAAUACUACUAUUUUUGCAUUAAAAGCAUGUCUAUUGGAGUACCGAUUAAAGUGCUGCACGAAGCGGAAGGCCAUGUGGUAACUUGCGAGACCAUCACGGGCGAGGUGUACCGCGGUAAGCUGAUCGAAGCCGAGGACAACAUGAACUGCCAAAUGACGCAGAUCACCGUCACCUACCGGGAUGGACGCGUCGGAAAUUUGGAGAAUGUGUACAUUCGUGGCUCGAAAAUCCGGUUCCUCAUCCUGCCGGACAUGCUGAAAAAUGCGCCCAUGUUCAAGAAACAGGGCGCCAAAACGGGAACGGCCGGGCGAGGCAAAUCGGCCAUACUGCGAGCACAAGCCGCUCGGGGCAGAGGUCGUGGUGCCGGCGGCGGUGGAGGAGGUGGAAGAGGUGGCAACAAAGGAGGAUGGCAAGGACAAGGACAGCAAUCUUCCGGCCGUGGACGCGGAGGAUUGUAGGAAAGUUCGUCUACAAGUGCUACUAUUUAGUUUGUAAGAAUUCAUUUUAGGGCGCCGAGCGAAAAAAAUGCUCUAAACAAUAAUUACUUACGUU